CAACAUUUGGCGGAGCUAUGGUGCGACAUUUGGCGAAGCUGAUGUGUCACCUUCUUAAACAAAGUAAUUGAUUGAAGUAUUGUGAGAUGGCAAGCUGAGGUGGCAUAGACUCAGUACGAAAAAAAGAAUACGAUCAAGCUGAGAGAAUACACGGCUUUCCUCUUCUUCGGAAUCUUCGCCGAUCUCCUUUCAUUUUCUUCGUCGUCAAUCGCCUUUCAAUUAUGUGCUUUCCUUCACCAUCUACUUUCCUUCUUCGCUAUCUUAGACUACAAGAACCACGAAUUCAGGUUUCCUUUCUCAAUUAUAUUCGGUGGUAGCCUAUUUCUCUCAAUUAAAACCUAAAUUUCGGCGUAUCAAUGAUUCUUUCGCAAUAUCAGGCAUUCUUUUCUUCAUUUUAUUUACUCCACAGUUUCUGAUGGUAAUUUUUUAAUUAAUAUGAUUUUCCCCAAGUUGUUAGGGUUCUUAUUUGUUGACAUAUAUAUAAUUUACUCCACGGUAUAUAUAUUUGAUUUGAUUUUUUAAAAUUCAUAGGUUUAUAUUUCGUAACUCUUUCAAAUCUGAAGAGAUUCAUAUGAAAGGGAUUAUUCAUUUGUUUUAAAAAUUGAUUACUAUUCCUUUAUUGGAUGAUUCUUAUGUUUCCAAAAGAGAUUCGUAUUUGUUUUUAAAUUAGUUUGCAAUUCCAUAAUAUUUUUAUAUGCACGCGUUAUUCCCAAAAUGGAAUUGUAAGCAAGUUUGUUUUUUUCGCUAUGCCUAAUGUAAUUUUAUCUUGCGCAUGGGUUGGUUUUUUAAUCAUGUUUAUUCUACAUGUUUAUGCUAUGCCCUAUGUAUCUUGCAAGAGUUGUUUUUGAGUAAUUGGGUUUCUUUUAAACAUAUGGAAAUUGUGUUGUCAAAAUAAAUGGUUUAACAUAUGCCAAAUUUUAUAUCUUCAUGAAUGUUAACUGUUUUGCACAGUGUCUACCAUCGUGAUCUCAAACUAAUGAACAUUUUGGUCAAUGCAAAGUGUACACUAAAAUGCAGUGUUGAUGCUUACUGUUUUUACCGAGUAUGACUCAUAUCAAUAGCACAGAGUGUAAUUGAUGUUGUUUUUUUUUACUAAAAUGCAUUUUGCCUUGAAAAGUUAUUUUUAAUUGAAUAACAAGCAUUACUUGCAAAUUCCAGUGUGGCUUAUUAAUGUAUACCGUUUUAAAUUUGGACAUAAUAUUGAUUGUUUCUAAUUUGUUCAUGCUAAAGAUUCUGAGGGAGAGUUUCCACCUUGGCUUCCAACCAACGUUUAAUGGCAGACAAAUUAUUAUUUCAUUCAACUUUGGGAUGAAAAAAAUGACCAAGUAUUUUUAUUUCCUAAUUAUUUGAAAGUUUUUUUUUUUUUGCUUCACUUAAAUAAUAUCUUUAUGAGGUUUGAGGUUUAGGAACUCCUUGAAAGAAUUGGAGGUGUUAGUCAAAUACUCCAUGUAGAUCAAGAACAGGACUCCAACCAUGGAUUUUGGCAGGCAUACUAGAAUAAGAUGGCAACUUUCAAAGAGCCUUGCGCUAAUGACUUCUCGAGAAGUGGCUCGCUUUGUGUUGUAAAAACUAUGGCUGAAGGUGUCACAACUACAUGUGGGCUUGGAGGUAUUCUAACAGUCCUCUAAUUACAUAAUUACAUUAUUCUCUUGGAUUUUACGAUAGUUAGACAUUCAGACAUGAGAUUAGAAGUUGGCGAGUGGAAUGGUGGCAGAACAAAUAUUGAGGCCAUAAUUGAUUUAUUUGCAGCUACCAACUUCCGUUACAGGUUGGUUGAUGAAGCUGAGGAGAUCUUCAUCAAAAACAUUGCUGGUAAUUAUAGAAAAAAGGCCAUGAAAUACCCCAAGCCUUCUUUAUUGGUCAACCAAUGGAAAAACAUGACCCGUAUACAUUACUCAACACAAGUCCAUUGUUUAUGGGCUGAUUACAAUGAUGAGCUUGGGUGGCAUGUUGCAAAGGUUCCCAAUUCAAUGAAUUAGAGGUGUGCUUAAUUACCAGAGCUCAGAUUUUUUGCUAGGGGUAUUAGCAUAUUGUUUCAAGACUAUAUUGAAACUCUUAUGCAUGUAAAAGGCUUUAGAAGGUCUGUUUGCACUUCACAAAGAAAAAGUGAUUCUAAUUUUAGAAUGGGAAUGGUGAUUUUCAAAAUAAGGGGAAAUUUCUCAACCCAUAUGCUAAAUAUUAAGGACCUAACAUUCUUAUCUCCUCAAUUAUAAGAAACUACUUUAAGAAACUAAUACCCCGUAAGAAAUAAGAAUAAUAAACUUUAUAUACAAGUAUACAACAACAAAAGAAUUUUGAGGGUAUCCUUGCUUUUGUAAGGAUUUUAAAGGAAUUUGACAAAGAGGAGUGGUAAAGGGUAUAUCUUUUUAUGUCUAAGGCAUUUGUUAUGUUGUGUCAUUAGGACUUUAACUUUAACAUGGCAGGCAACUAACAAGUCCUUCCUAUUUCUCAAGUGACCACAAUUUUUAUAUGAAGAUAAGAGUCAAAUAAUGUUUUGCAAUGCUAAACUUAAAUAUUCUGCUGGGUAAUACUGCAUAUGCCUUCUAUACAGUGAGGAACCUUUCUUGAGGUUCUGAGGUUGUUACCUCUCCAGUUCGAUUAAAAAUUGCAAUCACAUUAAAGCCAUGAACUACAACUUAUUACUAUUGAAGUACAUUAUUUUGGUUGAUAACUUUAGGGAUAGUAGGGAAAUUAUGUAUAAUAUGAUUAAUAUCUCUUAUGUCCUUAUUAUGUUUUUAUGUAUGGAUACCCAUAAGGCAAAUCGCAACCACAUUAAGUAUGAAUUGCAAAUUGACAAUUUCAGCACUUAUGAGGUUUGGUCGAGUUCAAGAGGUAACUUGAAAACCGCUAUUAAAUUCUCCUCUCUUAUUAAGAUUCCAGGUUUGACAUGUCAUUUUUUAAAUAUCUAGAGUAUAUUAUUUUGCUUCUUUACUUCCAAAUUUGGCUUUAUGGUGACCCAGAUCAGACCAAACAAGCCCAAUAUUCCUACUCAGUAUUGUGCUAUUGGAGAGAAGAAACUUAAUACUACUUGAUCACUUAUGUAUAAAUUUGAGACACCUAA